AGGUUUUAUUUAAUGUUUUAACAUUGUAAACUAAAUACACUUGUGUAUAGAUAAAAACGCAAGUAGUAAUUGUAAAAAGAUAGAUAAAGUGGGCGAUAAAUUGGUAUGCGAACAAUAUUGCAACAUAUAAAUUCGGCCAAACCCCAUGUCUUAUCUGUGUCGCAUGCAUGUGAUAAAUAACGAGACAUAGUCUUUGACCCAUGGGAUAUCAACACUUCUUCUAAUGGCGUCCUUUCUCCUUGUUUUUCUUGCCAGUCUAGCCCAAUAUGGAGUUGUAUGUGAUUUCCAUGGCAACAAAAGAUUUAUUUUCAAUCCUUCUCCUGCCACCCAGACCUCUCCCGACCCAGCGUUUAUGGCGGUGGAGCUCCAGUAUCUCCGUGAGGAAGUUCACCGUCUGAGUGACACAAACAUACAUCUGUCGGUACAGAACUCCAUGCUGACCUCACAGGUGCAGAGUCAAAACGCUCAAAUACAAACUCUGAAGACUAAUUUAACCAACUUGGAGAACUUACGAAUUCACGAAAAUGGUGUCUUUGUCGAUAAAAUAAACAAGAUGGACGCUAUGGUAAACGAUUCCAAAGCUUUGGUUGCUGGUUUGACAAGGAAUGUUAGUAGUUGUUUGCUAAACAACAAUCAUCUGGAAGAAGCCUUAAUCAGGACCAAUAAUAAAACCAGCCUUCUCGAGAAAAAGCUGAACGAUUCGCUAGUCACACAGAAUAUGGCUGUUCAGACGGCCGUAGAACAAUGUCGUCAGAAUGAAUCUGCGCUGACUCAACAUCUUCAGGUCAACAUCUCAAGCUUACAGCUGAACUGUUCUCAUCAACUCCUGCUGUUAACGGACAACGUUUAUCAGCUUCACACCGAGACAAAUUCUCUCAUGGCUAACUGGACGUCAUGCGUCAACCUUAACUAUCAACUCCAGUCAACGAUAAAUGCCUCGCAAAACAGAAACCAAGUGUUGGAUCAAAAGCUACAUGACCUCAGAAUUGAAAGAGACAAUCUCAGCUUGGCUCUGCUGCAAUGCCAUGGGCCGAAGCGAGAUUGUGGACUAGACUUGGUUUUUCUGGUGGAUGAAUCGGGAAGCGUGGGCCAGGAUAAUUUUGACAUUUUGAAAGAUUUCAUGAAUAGGAUUAUCCAACAUCUUAACAUAGGACCACGUGACAAUCAGGUGGGGAUAGCGACUUACGCGAGCACCGCCCAGAGGGAGUUUGACCUCGAUUCCUACUCCACCAAAACGUCCCUUAUUCACGCUGUACGAAACAUUUCCUAUAACCAUUCGGGCUUGUCAUUCGUGUCACGUGGUCUUAGACUGGUAGCAAAUCAUUUUUUCAAUGGGACCCACGGGGAUCGGGCCAAUCACCCCAAUGUUCUCAUUAUUCUAACAGACGGAGACCCACUGGAUCCCUCUCGUGCAAAACUCGAAGCCUCAUCCCUGGAAAGCAGAGGGGUCGAAAUUUUUGUGGUUGGAAUCUCGCGAGAUGGCACCAAUCGGAAUUUGAUUGACUUGGCCACUGAUUCUAGUCACAUCUUGCCUUUCUCAGACUUUGGAGACCUUGACGGACCAGCAUUUGCCCAGGAAUCCAUACACAAACUGAUGGCGGCGUGCCAAACUGUAUAGUGUAUACUUCAUUGUAUUGGUAUAAAUUGCUGAAUGCUU